GGAACAUGUCUCUCACCUCGACAAGAAAUUGCAUAACCACCACUAUCAGCCUCCGGUCCGCCGGGCACACGAUCCUAUCGGAAUAGUAUUUGAUAUGCCUAAUGCCUGCCUUAGAGUGAAUAGUAUGAGUCCCCAAAGCCAAACAUACCAACUCAGCGGUACACAUCUCGUUCAUGGUGAUCGCGGAUCGGGAAGUGAAGCAGCUCCUAUCUCUGUCGCCUCGCCAUUCAGAACUGUAUCUCAUGGCGAUCCCAAGGGGGUUGAAGCGAUGGAUCCCGACAAACAUAUCUAUUCCCGCUAUUCUCAAGAUGUCACAUCGAGGGUAGAACAGAUCUUGAGCAAGGUUAAUCACGGAUAUGCAGUCACCUAUGCAUCAGGAUUAGCUGCUGCAUUUUCUGCUCUUGUCCACUUCAAACCAAAACGCAUUGCGAUUUCCAGAGGAUACACUGGCUGUCACGGCGCCAUAUCCACUUACACCAAAGGGAGGUUUGUUGAUACCCCGAUCGUUGACCUAGACGACGAAUUCCAAGAGGGAGAUCUCUGCUGGCUCGAGAGUCCCUUGCACCCUACGGGCGAAUCGAGAAACAUUCAGUAUUACGCGGACAAGAUUCAUGCAGUCGGAGGGAAGUUAUUCGUAGAUUCGACCCUCGGUCCUCCGCCUCUUCAAUACCCAUUCAAAUGGGGGGCAGACUGCGUACUUCACUCCGGAAUCAAGUAUUUUGCAGGCCACUCAGAUCUGUUCUGUGGGAUUCUUGUCGUCAAGACCGAGGAUGAACGUAAACAGCUCUGGCACGACCGUGCGCACAUGGGAAAUAUCAUGGGGUCCAUGGAUUCUUGGCUCUUAAUACGAUCCCUUCGAACGAUGCAUCUGCGUGUCUCAAGGCAAUCGGCAAGUGGCACGGAACUCGUGCAAUGGCUUAGCAGAGCCGUUGUUCCAGAGGGUCAGGAGUACGACGGUAUUCCCGGUGGGGUGAUCACCAAAGUUGGGCACUCGAGCCUCCAGGAGACUGACGCCAAUGGGUUUAACCCUUCGGCACAAAUGGAAGGUGGAUUCAAUGCCUAUUUCUCGAUCUUGCUUUCAAAAGAAGAGUACGCAGAGAAACUUCCGCACGCGUUGGAUCAUUUUCAUGUGCCGGCAACCAGUCUUGGUGGUGUCGAGUCUUUGGCAGUGCAGCACAUCAGGACGGAUCCGAAGGAGAAUCCCCUUCUCGUAUGCCUGAGCAUCGGUGUAGAAGAAGUGGCGGACCUGAAAAACGAUUUGCGAAGGGCACUCGUGGAGAUAUCGAAAGGAAUUUAGAGCGAGUGAUGUAUGGGUGUCAUACCAUUUGUGAAAAAGGUCACACAAGGUGACAAGUCUGGAAGCUAGAAAUAUUGCGGCUAGGGCAGUUUACAAACUAGCUAGUCUUUGGUCGAAAAUGAGUUUCGCUGUAUUAGCAGAAGGCUUUGCCAAACAGAAGUACACACAAUUCAU